GGUCUUGGCAGCAACUGCAAGGACUAUUGAGACGCACCUCCGUACCCUCUGAGGGCAUCACCGAAAAGAUCGCCGCCGCUAAUGCGAACACACAAAACUUGUCAACAUCAGAUGAGUGUCCUCAUUGCAGCCACCAUAAACGCAGGGUGCUGCAUCGAGCCAAUGAGCCAGCACUACGAGGGCGUAAGCAGGCCAGUUGAACGAAGCUUUGCAUCCUCUUACACAAUGCCCUACCAAGUACGGAUACCUACUUCCAGGCUUUCCAGUAUCAUGUACGGAUGUCAAGGCCGAGCAGUCGAGUCUUUGUUGUCUCCAACAUGGCAACGUCAAGUCGACCCAGAGAAAAUCCACUGGGAUGCUACCCUGGCAUCGGAAGCAUCCCAAUUCUGUCAACGUCCCAACACGCAAUUUACCCUCCGGCGCUGCUUUUCCCCGACUGGAUAUCAAGAAUUGGGCCGUCGGCAGCGUCUCCAUAUCAAAUCUUCCCUCAGCUCCGCUUCCGAGCCGGGACGUUGUCAUAAACCUUCAUCGCUGAAUGCAGUCACGAACUUUCCUCCUAGCCUCCUAGUUGACAGCCCAGCCACCAAUGGCUUGGAUUUCUUGACGAGACGAGACUACGGCCGCGAAACGUCCCGGCCGCAGGGUCCAGACUUACUUCUUGAUCGGCUUGAACAAACGCCCCUUUCUCUAGUCAGAGAUCCUUGCUCCGACGAGUCCCUGGAUUUUCAGUCGUUCGUCGGAACGGGCACAGCCAACCGGUCCUGUCACAGAAAGCUCUCAAUUUUUUUUUUGGCUUUUAAACGUCUGUUCGACUACGCUGGAAGCCACCCCGCUCGCAGACCGGGCCGUGACACCAGCGACCUUGAGCCACGAAGCCAUAUUCAUGUCGCGAAUGCGGGUCUAGGGAGGACUGCCAAACGCAAGGGGCAGCGCAGCUUGACCAGCUUCUUGCGCAAGGGGUUCGUCAACGUCAAAGGUCAGAGAGGCCUAGAACAGGUGUCGCUAAAGCAACUUCUGCUCGCAAAGCCCGACUGGAAGACUCUUCAAGGACUCGCAACUCUUUAGCUGACCGGGAUUCCGCAGCUUGAUGCCAAUGCCCGAGCUCGUCCUCAACAGGGACUUACCUACCUUGGUCGGAGCCGCUCUUCGGUCGCGGCUCGACAGCCCGUGCCUACCGCAAGUGCCUACCGCAACUUCAUGUGACACAACCGACGUCGUGUCUUGCCUCUACGAGACGAUGCAAAGCUAUCAGAUGCUGGGUCGUCGCCUCACUACUACCGUGAAGCCCGCUUUCGAGCCUCAAGUCGGUUUACAAUGGGAGUAGUCUAGCCACUUUAGUGGUCCUAGGUCUCAUCGCAAACCACAAUAUGGGCAGUUUUUCUAUCCUACU